AAGAUCGCGCCACGAUAGCUUCGAGGACGCUUGCAAUGGCGGAAAAUGGAGUCUAUUAACCUGUGAUGUUGAUACGAUUGUUUUUAAUCAUUAAAAAGCUUUUCAUGGAAUUAAAAUGGCUGGUAAAGUGUGGAAUUCAGAAAUAUGGAAAGCAUGGGAUAAACAUGGGAAAAAUGAUUUCCUCAAGUUAAUCAAGCACAAAUUUAAGGAAGGCAACGCCACAGAAUGGAGAAGAGGAUUGUACGAAUUAAUAUCGAAUGGAAUCCAUGGGAACAUAAAAAGGGACAGUGUAAUCCAGACAUUAGGUGAACUCAUGAAUAUUGAUGGAGCGAUACCAUCUGCGAUAGUAGAUAUAUUUACACUAAUAGAUGCAGAAGCACAUAAUGAAGAAAGAAAUAAUUUUUAUUACAUUGUGAAAGAAUCUGAAAAGUUUCUAACAGAUAGGAUAUUAAAGGAACGUUUAGAAAUUGAUACGUUGCAAGAUGUAGGAACAUUAAAGAAUAAAAGUUUCCAAACCAAAUUCAUUAAAGUGAAGACAAAAUUAUACUAUAAGCAACGGAAAUUUAAUUUAUUUAGGGAAGAAAGCGAAGGGUACUCUAAACUUAUAGUGGAAUUAAAUCAGGAACGUCCAGAAUGCGAAGUACCAACGAUAUUGGAAAUUGUUAAAUCUCUUAUCGGCUAUUUUAAUUUAGACCCUAACAGAGUACUUGAUAUUUUACUGGAAACAUUUGAGAAUCGACCUCAAGAUGAUGCACUAUUUAUUCCUUUGAUUCGUUCAUAUAUGAGUGACCAACAAGUACUCUGUGAAGUUUUAGGAUUUAAAUAUUGUUCUACCGUCAAUACCACUCCGUUUUCAUUGCAAAAAGUCACUGCACUCAUGUUACAACAUGGUGUUAUUAAAUUGGAUGAUAUAUUGCCAUGGUUAGUGCCAGAUGAUAGAACGAUUAUCAAAGAGCACGAACAGGCAAUGAAACAAGCAAAAGAGUAUGUUCGGAAGUUAAGCGUAAUUUCUACUAAAGACAAGGAAGAUGUACCCGAAGAAAAAGAGAAUCCACAGGAUAAGUACGCGAGUAAUCAAAAGUACGGAUUAUGCGAGGCGCUGUUGGAAAUAGGGGCUUGGGAGGUUGCACAAAACCUGUUUAAUAGAUUACCAGAACACAGUCUCACAGAUCAGCGUCCGAUCGCGUUGGCACUGUGCAAAAUGAUUCAAUCUCUUAUCGAACCCGUUUAUCGCAAGCAUUGUAUCAUAUCACCGAAAUUGCAAGGUAGAAGAAUUCCUCCCUUGAAGAGUUCUCUCGCUCCAAAACCAGUAGAAGACCUUGAAGAAAUACAUGAUCAGUUGUUGCCAAUGCUCAUAGUCCUCGGUCCCAAUUUACACCAUGAUCCGGUUUUGAUGUACAAGAUCAUGAGGUUGUGUCACGCAACUAUAAGGCAGUGUCCGUUAGACUCGAACAAACAGCCUGCUGAGAAGAAUAAUAAUCUCUAUUACGAUGUACUAACUAUACUCGACGUAGCGUUGUUGCCCUCCUUAUCCUUCAUGGACUGUAACUGUUGUGUUGCGGAAGAAUUGUGGAACAUUUUGAAAUAUUAUCCAUAUCAGAACCGAUACUGCUUAUACGCACGUUGGAAGAACGACACGCCUCUACAACACGCUGCUCUUCUAAGGAAAAGAGCAGACGCGCAAAAGAAAAUCAAAUCUAUCAUGAAGAGAGUGAGCAAAGAGACUAUUAAACCCGUUGGAAGGUCGAUAGGCAAACUGACACACUCUUCUCCUGGUGUAUUAUUCGAUUAUGUUCUUAUACAGAUUCAGCUAUAUGAUAAUCUUAUAGGUCCCGUUGUAGAUUCUUUAAAAUAUUUGACGAAUAUUUCAUAUGACGUACUUGGCUACUGUCUCGUGGAAGCACUGGCUGGUGCUGACCGAGAUAGGUUCAAGCACGAUGGCACGAGCAUAUCUCUUUGGCUCCAAUCCCUCGCUUCGUUCUGUGGAGCUAUAUUCAAAAAGUAUAAUAUCGAACUCACUGGUUUGCUGCAGUAUGUGGCUAACCAACUCAAGGCACAAAAAAGCUUAGAUUUGUUAAUACUGAAGGAAAUAGUACAAAAGAUGGCAGGUAUCGAAGCUGCCGAAGAAAUGACUUCUGAUCAACUGGAUGCUAUGGCAGGUGGAGACUUAUUGAAAAAUGAGGCUGGUUACUUCAGCCAAGUACGUAAUACGAAAAAGUCUUCGCAGCGGUUGAAAGAAGCUCUUGCUGAGCAUGACCUAGCAGUGGCAUUGUGCUUAUUAAUGGCACAGCAGAAACAUUGUGUUGUGUAUAGGGAAACAGAUAAAUCUCAUCUCAAACUUGUUGGAAAAUUAUACGAUCAGUGCCAAGAUACGUUAGUUCAAUUCGGAACAUUCUUGGGUUCUACGAUGACAGUAGACGAAUAUGUGGAGAGACUUCCUUCCAUACAUUCUAUGCUCCAGGACAAUCACAUACAUUCUGAUGUUGCAUUUUUCCUCGCGAGACCAAUGUUUGCACAUGCCAUUAACAUUAAAUAUGACGCCCUGCGUAAAUCCGACCCCAAUUACAAGAAAAUGUCUACUGCGGUGAAGCAAACGAAGUAUGCGGAAGCCGCGCAAGCAGUAAUGGCGCCUGUUGCUCAGUCCGUUAGACCUUUGCAUCCCCUGAAGGUCUGGGAGGAUAUUUCUCCUCAAUUUCUAGUGACGUUUUGGUCCCUCUCCAUGUACGAUUUAUACGUUCCUGUCGAAAGCUAUCAACGAGAAAUUAAUAAAUUGAAGCAACUUGCAGCACAGAGUGCUGAUUCCAAAGAUGUGAAUGUUAGUAAAGGGAAAAAGGAGCAGGAAAGGUGUAGCACAUUAAUUGAGAAACUGCAAGAUGAAAAGAAAAAGCAAGAAGAACAUGUUGAAAAGGUGUUUGCAUAUCUCAGACAAGAAAAAGAUACGUGGUUCUUAUCGCGGAGUGCCAAAUCGGCGAAAAAUGAAACAAUAACACAAUUCUUACAAUUGUGUUUGUUUCCCCGAUGUACAUUUACCACUGUGGAUGCCAUGUACUGUGCAAAAUUCGUGCACACCAUACAUUCUUUAAAGACUGCGAAUUUUUCAACGCUUCUAUGCUACGACAGACUUUUCUGUGAUAUAACAUAUUCAGUUACCUCAUGCACCGAAAAUGAAGCGAAUCGUUAUGGGAGAUUUUUGUGCGCCAUGCUGGAGACCGUAAUGAGAUGGCAUUCCGAGAAAGCAAUUUUCGAUAAGGAGUGUAGUAAUUAUCCGGGAUUUGUAACAAAGUUUCGAGUUAGCAAUCAAUUUUCUGAAGCGAAUGACAUGGUAGGAUUUGAAAAUUACAGACAUGUAUGCCACAAAUGGCAUUACAAGAUUACGAAGGCUAUUGUAGUUUGUCUCGAUUCCAAGGACUAUGUACAAAUAAGAAAUUCUUUAAUAAUAUUGAUAAAAAUAUUGCCGCACUUUCCCGUGCUGGCAAAGUUAUCCCAAAUCCUAGAACGUAAGGUAGAAAAGGUGAGGGAGGAAGAGCGUGGGCAACGACAGGACCUCCAUGUCCUGGCUACGUCAUACAGUGGCCAAUUGAAAGCUAAAACUCCCAAUAUGAUUCGGGAAGCAGACUUUCAUCAUGUUGGAGACAAAGCUGGAAAGACACAAGAUAGUCAAAACAGUGACACAACAGAGAAAGUAGGUGAUGGAAUAUCGAAUAAAGAGAUCACCAAUGGCGACACGCGGAUAGAAAAGGAAAAUAAAGACCAACGUGAGAAAAGAAGUGCAUCGAAUCAACUGUACCACGAAAGUUCUGAGAAAAUCAGAAAAAAGGAGGAAAGUAAAGACAGUGCAGAGGGAAAAGAUAAGCAUGUGAAGAAAGAGGAAGUUAAGGAAGAAGAUCCUAUGGAUAAAAAGGAUCGUAAAUACUACAAAGAAGAACAUUAUUACAGUAGUGGUGUAGACAAUUUAGAUCGAGAUCUUUCUAGUGUAUCGAAUAGCAGUGCCAGCUCAGGACCAACCCAAGAUGGAUCUGACAGAGAUGCCAAAAGAAGAAAAAUUGAAAACAUGCAAAAGGAAGGGAGACGCGCGGAAAGCAAUUUGGACAAAAAGGAACGUUCAAGCAAAAGCAAAAUAAGAGACGAACAGAAAGAACUACGUAGAGAGAAGAAAGUGGGACGAAAAAGGCAGGACAGAGCGGACGAAUCUACAGUUACGACUGAACAAAAGAGAAGAAAAGAUGACGAAAGAGCGAAAGGAGCACACCAAAAUGGCGAUAUGCCUGAACAUAGAGAAAAACAUCAUUAUAAUAAGGAAAAGUCUCCCUACACAAAGGAACGUGCUCAUGAACGGGAGGGCCGCGAAGGCAGAGACAAACAUAGAAGAAGUUCGGAUCCCAAACGAAGAUGAUGUACAACUAUGGACAAAAAUUUGACUUAACAUUUUAUAUACUACGUUUGGUGUUGCAUGUAAUUAAGGUAGAAUUCAAAUAAUAAAGAAAAAUAGUGAAUAAUUUGUAUAUUAUAUUGACGUCCAAUUUUAUAAAAUAAACUAGGUAACAAAAAGCAUUCUUUGGUACACGUUCAAUUCAGUUUAGAAAAUUUGUACAUAUACAAUAGCAAUACUUUGUUAUUUAUAAUAAAUAAUAAUUAGCAAUGCCAAUAAAUUAAAUCAAUUUUCUUAA